UGCUAUAAUAUUAAUAUCGUAUUGAAGGGGAAAAAAUGAAAUAUUAAAGUUUACUUUGGUAACGACACUUUAACCACCAGACACCAGUAAAUAAAUAAAUAAAUACAUUAUUGCAAUCCAAAGCUUAUAAGGAGAACAACAAAUUUGUUGUGCUUUGACAUUCGCUGUAACUUCACUACUGAGGCGGAAACCCGGUUACCAUGGUGACAAAGGCACAAUUUGUGUGUUUUGCAAAUAUAACGUAAUCCAGUGAAGAUGAUGUUUUUUUUCCUGUAAAAAUAUACAUUUCCUCACAAUUAGCCAAAAAUGUUAACAUCUACAAAUCAUUUGUAGUGGUGCUUGAGUCAGUCACAGGACUAGUCACAGUAGGUAACUCAACUCCUGUCUGAUGUCACAAAUAGCAACCGAAGGCCUGAACUACCGAAAGCAUCAGAACCGCCUCUACCGGGAGGAGAGCAAAAGCCUGUAAGAGAAAAGCGGAUUUGACAACAUGGCGAACUUUCCUCUGGAAGAAUAACUUUACUUAACAGCUGCUGAGCGUCUGUUUGUGUGACUCUCUUGCUCAAAAUCUGCGGAAUAAAGCGCGAUAUAUAAAACCGAAGUCAGUUCGCUUUUUGAGGAAUGAAGCGUUUUCUCAUGGAUUCGGGACGUGUGAAGUAUCAUGGAUGAAAGUUUGAAAUAGUUGUUGGAUAGUAAAGCACAGGACAGGAUGGAGAAAGAAGGAACGAGACGAGAAAAGUUUGGUUUGUUCGGACCGCGAGCCCUGGGCAGGGCGGUGCACGCCGCGGCCGAGGGGCCGGGCCUCAGCAAGGCAGAGUUCAUGGAGAAAGUGCGGCAAAGCAACGAAGCCUGCCAACUUGGGGACUUCCAGACGGCCGUGAAGCUGUACGGCGAAGCCCUGCGAGCAGACCCGCAAAACUGCAUCCUGUACAGCAACCGCUCGGCCGCCCAUCUCAAACUGGGCCAGUACCAGACCGCCCUUGAUGAUGCAGUCAAAGCCCGUCUCCUUAACCCUAAGUGGCCAAAGGCAUACUUCCGACAGGGUGUUGCCCUUCAGUAUCUGGGGCGUCAUGCGGAUGCCCUGGCAGCGUUUGCGUCUGGUCUGGCGCAGGAUCCCAAGAGUCUUCAGCUGCUGGUGGGGAUGGUGGAGGCCGCCAUGAAGUCUCCGCUACGAGAAUCUUUGGAGCCCACGUACCAGCAGCUGCAGAAGAUGAAGCUGGACAAGAGUCCAUUCGUGGUGGUUUCUGUGAUUGGCCAGGAGCUUCUGACCGCCUCUCAUCACGGCGCAUCAGUGGUCGUUCUGGAGGCGGCGCUGAAGAUUGGCACCUGCAGCCUCAAACUGCGCGGCUCGGUUUUCUCGGCGCUCAGCAGCGCUUACUGGUCAUUGGGCAACACGGAGAAGAGCACCGCCUACAUGCAGCAAGACCUCGAGGUCGCCAAGACUUUAGGCGACCAGACAGGUGAGUGUCGCGCUCACGGGAAUCUGGGCUCGGCCUUCUUCUCCAAGGGGAAUUACAGAGAAGCUUUGAGUAACCACAGACAUCAACUCGUCCUGGCCAUGAAACUCAAGGACAGAGAGGCGGCAUCCUCCGCUCUCAGCAGCCUGGGUCACGUCUACACAGCCAUCGGUGACUACCCCAACGCCCUGGCCAGUCACAAGCAAUGCGUCCUGCUGGCCAAACAGUCUAAAGAUCAGCUUUCCGAGGCACGCGAGCUCGGCAACAUGGGAGCCGUCUACAUCGCCAUGGGCGACUUCGACAACGCCGUGCAGUGUCACGAACAGCACCUGAGUAUCGCCAAGACCCUGGGCAACAAACGGGAGGAGGCUCGAGCGUACAGCAACCUGGGUAGCGCUUAUCACUAUCGACGCAACUUCGACAAGGCCAUGUCUUACCAUACGCAUGUGCUGGAGCUCGCCCAGGAGCUUGAGGAGAAGAGCAUUGAGAUGAGGGCGUACGCGGGCCUGGGUCACGCCGCCCGAUGUAUGCAGGACCUGGAGAGGGCAAAGCAGUACCACGAACAACAGCUAAGCAUCGCUGAAGGCCUUAAGGAUCGGGCUGCAGAGGGACGAGCUUCAUCUAACCUGGGAAUCAUUCACCAGAUGAAAGGGGACUACGAAACAGCUCUGAAGUUACACAAGGCUCAUCUGUCCAUCGCCCAGGAGCUUAAUGACUACGCCGCCCAGGGAAGAGCGUACGGAAACAUGGGUAAUGCUUACAACGCCCUCGGCGCCUUUGACCAGGCGGUGCGCUACCACAGACAAGAGCUUCAGAUUUCCAUGGAGGUUAACGAUCGCGCCUCCCAGGCUUCCACUCACGGAAACCUGGCGGUGGCUUACCAGGCUCUGGGAGCCCACGAUCGAGCCCUCCAACAUUACCAAAAUCAUCUGAAUAUCGCACGCGAGCUGAGAGAUGUGCAGAGCGAGGCACGGGCCCUAGGCAACCUAGGUAACUUCCACUGCUCGCGGGGAGAGUUUCCCCAAGCCGUGCCGUACUACGAGCAGUACCUGCGACUCUCCCCGGACCUCCAAGAUAUGGAGAGCGAGGGGAAGGUCUGUCACAAUCUAGGAUAUGCACACUACUGUCUGGGAAACUUUCAGGAGGCGGUGAAGUAUUACGAGCAGGACCUGGCACUCGCUAAGGACCUCCACGACAAGUUGAGCCAAGCCAAAGCCUACUGCAACCUGGGCCUGGCCUUCAAGGCGCUAGGCGACUACGGCAAGGCGGAGGAGUGCCAAAAGUACCUGCUUUCCUUGGCGCAGUCCCUGAACAAUUCGCAGGCCAGAUUCCGUGCCUUGGGCAACCUGGGCGACAUCUUUUUGUGUAAAAAGGACGUACCUGGAGCUGUCAAGUUUUACGAGCAGCAGUUGACUUUGGCGCAUCAAGUCAAGGAUCGCAAGAUGGAAGCCAACGCUUACGCCGCGUUGGGCGCAGCCUACAGGAUGCUACAGAAAUAUGACAAGGCCUUAGGGUACCACACCCAAGAACUGGAGGUUUAUCAGGAGCUGGGAGACAUACAAGGUGAAUGCCAAGCUCACGGACACCUCGCCGCCGUCUACAUGUCUCUCGGGAAGUACACCAUGGCCUUUAAAUGCUACGAAGAACAGCUCGAGCUCGGACAAAAACUGAAGGACCCCAGCGUCGAGGCGCAGGUCUACGGUAACAUGGGCAUCACUAAAAUGAACAUGGGUGUCAUGGAGGAAGCCAUUGGAUAUUUCGAGCAGCAGUUGGCGAUGUUGCAGCAGCUCAGCGGGAACGAGGCCGUGCUUGAUCGAGGACGUGCUUACGGUAACCUGGGCGACUGCUAUGACUCUCUGGGGGAUUUUGAAGAGGCUAUUAAGUACUACGAUCAAUAUCUGUCUGUGGCACAGAGCCUCAAUCAUAUGCAGGAUCAAGAGAAGGCAUACAGAGGUCUGGGCAACGGACACAGGGCAAUGGGAAACCUGCAGCAGUCGCUGGUGUGCUUCGAGAAACGUUUGGUGGUUGCACACGAGCUCGGUGAAUGCGGAGGAAAAGCGCAGGCCUACGGAGAACUGGGCAGCCUGCACAGCCAACUGGGAAACUACGAGCAGGCCAUUUCUUGUCUGGAACGGCAGCUCGGCAUCGCACGCGACACCCAGGAUCGAUUGCUGGAAGGUGAUGCCAGCUGCGGUCUGGGCACCGUGUACCAGCUGAUGGGCGAGCACGACACAGCCCUUCAGUUUCACCAGCUGGACCUCCAGAUUGCGGAGGAGACGGGGAACGGCAGCUGCCAGGGCCGGGCGUACGGGAACCUGGGUGUCACCUACGAGUCGCUGGGUAAUUUCGAGCGGGCUGUGGUGUACCAAGAGCAACACCUGAGCAUCGCGGCGCAGACCAACGAUCUGGUGGCCAAGACGUUGGCGUAUAGCAGUUUGGGCCGAACGCAUCACGCGCUACAAAACUACUCGCAGUCGGUCAUGUAUCUGCAGGAAGGUCUGCGUCUGGCUGAGCAGCUGGGCCGCCGCGAGGAUGAGGCCAAAAUCCGUCAUCGUCUGGGACUCUCGCUGUGGGCCAGCGGCAACCUGGAAGAGUCUCAACAUCAGCUGUACCGCGCCUCCGCUCUGUUCGAGACCAUCCGUCAUGAAGCCCAGCACAGCACCGAUUACAAGCUCUCCCUCUUUGACCUCCAGACCUCCUCGUACCAGGCUCUCCAGCGGGUCCUUGUCAGCCUCGGUCACCAUGAUGAAGCUCUUGCGGUGGCCGAGCGAGGACGCACUCGGGCCUUCGCCGACCUACUUGUGGAGAGACAGACGGGUCAACAGGAUUCGGACCCCUACACCCCGGUGACCGUCGAACACAUUCUGGACACUGUGAAUGGGCAGCGCUCACUGGUUCUUUACUUCUCUCUGGCUGCGGGUUAUCUGUACAGCUGGCUGCUGGCACCGGGCUCCGGUAUCCUGAAGUUUCAUGAGGUGUACUUGGGCGAGGGCGCGUCGGAUGGCGGGGCGUCAGAUUUUCAGGAGGCCGGUGGAUGUGCCGCCCCCUCGGGUAGCAGCUGUGGUGGAUCCUCUCUGGAGCAGCACAUCGCUAAUGCCCGCGAGGCUCUUGGAGUCGACUCGUACUACAGCAGAGCGUGCUCCAGCAGCGAGACAGAAAGUGAAGCUGGAGAUCUCCUGGAUCAACAGUUUGAAGAGCUCAACAAUAAACUGAACUCAGUGACGGACCCCACCGGAUUCCUCAGGAUGGUUUCCAGAAACAACCUUUUCAACAGAAGUUGUCAGAGUAUGACGAGUCUCUUCAGUAACACGGUGUCUCCGGUGAAAGAGGGCAGCUCAUCUCUUCCCCGUCGCUCCAGUACUCUCAGUAAACCUCCGUUACGAGCUCUCUAUGACCUGCUGAUCGCUCCCAUGGAGGGGGGUCUGAUGCACUCCAGUGGUCCGGUGGGAAGACACAGACAGUUGGUUUUGGUGCUUGAAGGAGAGCUGUAUCUCAUCCCGUUUGCUCUGUUGAAGGGCAGUUCUUCAAACGAGUAUCUGUACGAACGCUUCAGUCUUAUCGCCGUUCCAUCGAUCGGCAGUCUGGGGACCACAGCUAAAGUUCAUCCUCGACGGACAGGUCCGGUUCUCUGUAACGGCGGUAGUUCCAUGGCCGCAGUCAUCGGAAACCCUCGACUCCCACCAUCAGUAAUGGACCGCUGGCUUUGGGGUCCGAUGCCCACCGCAGAAGAAGAAGCCCACAUGGUGGCCGAUCUCCUGGGCUGCCAGCCGCUGGCCGGCCCCGCCGCCACCAAAGAGCGAGUCAUGAGCGCCCUCACGCAGGCCGAAUGCGCUCACUUCGCCACGCACAUCUCUUGGAAACUGGCAGCAUUGGUCCUCACACCCAGCCAGGACGCCAGCAGCGGAAACGUGCCGGUCGCGCCCAGCGGAGGAACAGGGGGUGGAGAGAGCGGAGGUAAAUCCAACUACACCAUACCAGAGAGCCUACGGGUGCAAGACGACGCCAGCGACGCAGAGAGCAUCUGUGACAGUCCACCGCUGCAGGAGUUUCUGCUCACCGCCGCCGACAUACUGGACCUCAGACUGCCUACUAAACUCGUGGUGCUCGGGUCGUACCAGGAGUCCGAGAGUAAAGUGACUGCGGACGGUGCGGUGGGUUUGACGAGAGCUUUCCUGGCCGCUGGUGCUCAAUGCGUGUUGGUGUCGCUGUGGCCCGUGCCCGUCGCCGCCUCCAAGAUGUUUAUCCACGCUUUCUACAGCGCUCUGCUCAACGGCACCAAAGCCAGCGCGGCGCUCGCGGACGCCAUGAAAACCGUUCAGAGCAGCAAGCAGUUCUCACAUCCCUCCAACUGGGCAGGCUUUAUGCUGAUCGGCAGUGACGUGAAGCUGAACAGCCCGUCAUCUCUGAUUGGUCAGGCACUGGCUGAGAUCCUGCAGUACCCUGACAAAGCCCGAGACGCCCUGAGGGUUCUCCUGCACUUGGUGGAGAAAUCCCUGCAGCGCAUUCAGAACGGUCAGAGAAACUCAAUGUACACAUCUCAACAGAGUGUGGAGAAUAAAGUAGGAGGUGUACCGGGUUGGCAGGCUUUGCUGACGGCGGUGGGUUUCAGACUGGACUCAGCUGGUACAGGACUCCCUGCUGCCGUCUUCUUCCCUACAUCAGACCCUGGAGACAGAUUACAACAUUGCAGUACAACACUACAGUCACUGCUCGGUUUGCCACCUCCUGCACUUCAAGCAUUGUGUAAACUGAUCACCGCAUCAGAAACCGGAGAACAACUCAUCAACCGGGCUGUUAAAAAUGUAGUGGGAAUGCUCCAUCAGGUUUUGGUUCAGCUUCAGUCUGUAGAGAAGGAGCAGGAUUUCUCUCUCGCACCCAUUCAAGUGUCAAUCAGUGUUCAGCUCUGGAGACUCCCAGGCUGUCAUGAGUUCCUCGCUGCUUUGGGGUUUGACCUGUGUGAGGUCGGUCAGGAGGAGGUGGUUUUGAAAACGGGCAAGCAGGCAAACCGUCGCAUCAUGCACUUCGCUCUGCAGUCACUGCUGGCUCUGUUUGACUCAACUGAACUGCCGAAGCGUCUGAGUCUGGACAGCUCAUCCUCAUUGGAGUCUCUGGCCUCAUCUCAGUCUGUGUCCCACCAGCUGCCCAUGGGUUACCCCAACCCUCCCUUCUCCCCACCCUGUCCUGACAGCCUGGCCUCAGAUGCCAUCUCAGUCUACAGCCUAAGUUCUAUCGCCUCCUCCAUGAGCUUCCUGUCCCGGCCCGACGCCGAUUUUAUCAGCCAGCGCUCGCGCCAGCAAGAACUGGAGCGGCACCGGGGCGGAGCCGGGCUGUUCGCGUCGCAUCGACACGCGGUGCCUCGUAGUCGAUCGUCUCCGCAUGGAGCCGUCGGAGGUCACGACGAUGAAGAAUAUGAAGGUUACAGUAUCAUCAGCAGUGAGCCGCUGGGCAGCCAGUGCGACACGCUGCCCCGGCCCGCAAACCACAGGAACCACAGGGGUGCAGCGCGUGGCGGGACGGGCAGGGGUUACACGGUGUCAGUGUCCACAAGAGGAAGCGUAAGCACCCCGACGUCGCCUGUGAAAACAACCCUGGUGCCCAGUCCGAACUCUCCGUUCCAGAAGGUGGGAAAGGUGAGCACCUCGGACACGGGCGAGUCCGAUCAGUCCAGCACCGAGACGGACAGCACUGUGAAGUCCCAGGAGGAACGCACGCCUGGAGCCCCGCUAGACCCGCAGGAGCUCGCCCAGAAGAUCCUGGAAGAAACGCAAAGCCACAUGCGUGCCGUCGAGACUUUGCAAAGGAGUACGGGAAACGUCCCGCCGGGCAGCGGAGGGCCCCCGACUCCGACGGGGGGCUCUGCUUUCCGUUCCUCGGAGACGAGUGCUUUCAGUCGCCCCAACAGCAGAGCCAGUAUUAAAGCCCAGUCGUCACCACUCUCGACACGUCCUAAACCACCUUCUCGCUCGUCCUCCCUCCAAAAGGUGAGCUCGGGCUACAACAGCCCUGCAAUUUCAGAAACGUCUUUGAAAGAAGGCAGUCAACCGUCGCCCACCUCCGACAGCCAUGCCCAGUUUAAACUCAAGUAUCCCAGCUCACCCUACAGCGGGCACAUCUCACGGUCGCCCAGCAACAUCUCGCCCAGUUCUGGCCACCAGUCGCCCGCCGGCAGCGCGCCUUCUCCGGCGCUGUCCUACUCCUCUACUGGCUCGACACGCUCCAGCCCAGCUGACGCGCCGGAUAUUGACCGGCUUAAACUGGCUGCUAUCGAUGAGAAAGUCCAAGCCAUUCACAAUCUCAAGACCUUCUGGGCCAAUGCAACCCAACAGCAGCACUCCGGACCAAUGCGCGUGCUCCGUGGUGGAAAGCUGAGCACCGCCAAACGUGACGUUUUGGGCCUGCUUAAUCUCUCGCCCCGCCAUGCUGUGACAGGGUCACAGGAUACGCCCGGCCAUGAACUGCAAGCCGCUGGGCUCCAAUCGCUUGAGCACGGCUCUAGAAAUCCGCCCAACGGCCAUCGCAAGAUUGACCCGAAGAGGGUAGCUCCUUCUCCGACAUCUUCCACAGGGAGUAGUCCCGGAUCCCACUCCAUUCGACUGCCCACGGGGAACGGGUACAAAUUCCUGUCGCCCGGAAGGUUUUUUCCUUCAUCUAAAUGUUGAGACAUUUAUUUUUGCUUUCUCUCAAUGAAACUCGCUUAAAAAAGGAGUAUUUUGAGUAUUUAUAACUCUGAAAACAGUAACAAGGACAGUCUGGGUUAGGAAUUGCACAUUCCCAGAAGCCUCAACCUGCCUACUGUUUCAUUCCGUGCAGAGAGCAUAUAAUCCUUAUGCUUCCACCUACACUGUAAAGGACCAUUUAUAUAUGCAGACUGAUCUGAGACCUGUGCAGGGCAUGUCAGACAAAAAACAGAGAUUAUACCAAAAUGGUAUUUCAUGAAAAAGACGCUCGCUGUUUGUGUUAGUGAAGAUGAUGCGGCUUUGAAUGGUUAAUUUUGUUUGAUUUUUUGUUUGAUUUUUAUUAAUAUAAUUAUUGUUAUUGUUAUUAUUAUUAUUAUUAUUAUUAUGAAUGGUAAUUGUUAUUACAGUUAUUUGUUUUGUAAAUUAAAUCAACGUUUUGCAAUCAGUAUUACAUGUUUUUAUAUUGUUAAAGAAGCAAACCAUGCACAAAAAACUGAAAACAUUUUGAUAUUUUUAUUGAGGUGGUGGCGGUGCACCUGACCUGAAGUCUGUGUGAAUUGAGUGUCAGUAUUACAGCAUGGGUUCCCUCGCUCUCCGGUCAUUUAGUGUCUUUUUAACAGAGAUUUUGCAUAUGUGGACUCUCAUCCAAACAUAUUUCAGUCAUUUCUCAGUAAAAUGGUCUCAAUAAAAAAGUUGAAUUCA